CGUAGAUCUGUCACGCACGAGUAAAACUUUCCGGUUCUCUACGACAAAAUGGAGCAAAUUUUUCUUGUUCAGCUCCUGUUUUUAUCGAGCCUUAUUAUUUCUUUAGCGGCGGUAGAUAUCACCCUUAAGAACGAUGAUUUAAUCCACUCGCCGUUCUCUGAGGAAUUGGGAAACGACGCGAGUCUGGAUGGGCCAAAAGUUUUUACGAAGGAAGAGCUGUCGGAAUACGACGGAAAGAAUCCUGAUCUUCCCAUCUACGUAGCGAUCAAAGGGAUUGUAUUCGAUGUCUCAGAAUCGAAAAAAGCUUAUGGACCCGGAGGAUCCUACAACAAGUUCACUGGCAAGGAUGCAUCAAGAGCUGUAGCCAAAUGGUCUAUGGCAGAAGAAGAUCUCAAUGAUAAUUUGGAGGAUCUAUCGGAAGCUGAACUCAAUCGCCUAGAUACAGUCUUCAAGAAGCUGUACUUGGAAAAGUAUCCCAAGGUUGGUUAUGUCGAGGGACACGAGCCUAACCAUGAAGACAAUCUCACAAUAAGAAAGAAUAAAAACAUAGAACUUUGAGUGGUAAAUGUCCAAUUUUAAUAGGAUAAGAAAUCCGUUGGAGAAGUUUUGCUUUAAGAGUGAUCGCACAGAUACACCGAAUAAGUCGGUUCGUAACGCCCUAGAUAGCAUUUGAUCACAGUUAAGAGGCAAGUCAUUCCUAAUUCAAGAUCGAUGCCUCAAUUUGUAGGUUGUUUGAAAACUUCUCAUUCAAGCCUAUGUGUGAAGGUAAAUGCUUUUUCCAGAAGCCUGUGUCAACCUGUGAAGACAAAGCUUCUUCAUCUUAUUUCGUCUCCAUUUACUUACAUUGUAAGGAAAGAAGAUUUGCGGUGAAAACUCGCAAGCCUUGCAUUUUUUUCUUGUUUUCUCGAAAUUGAAUGAGUAGAAUUUAAAAAAGAUACAUGUAAAAACUGGUUAAGAUAGGAUUAAUUGCAGUGUAUUUCUAGGGGUGUGAAGUAUUUUUUUAAGGAGGCGUGUUUCCAAGAAAGUAAAAUUAAAAAUAAAAG